UUGUAUUCCAUUAAAGUAUUUUAUUCGUUAAUUUUUUUGUUUUUUAUUUACUAAAUUAUUUAAAUAAUUAAUUUGAUUGAUAUUUCUGUACAAUUAGUUGCUACAUUGCUAUUUAAUAAUUAUCUUAUAUAAUCCUAUUUAAAAUGAAACAACUAGCUGAUGAUCGAAUGAAAAUUUUUUUUGAAAAAUUAUCCAAAUACAUUGGAGCAAACAUUAAGUUACUUAUAGAUCGUUCAGAUGGUAAGUAUUGUUUUCGUGAAAAAAAAGAUCGUGUGUAUUAUGUAUCAGAGAGAGUGUUGAAUAUGGGAUCUAUGAUGAAACCUGAUAACGUUAUAAGUAUAGGCACAUGUUUUGGAAAGUUUACCAAAUCUGGUAAAUUUAGACUUCACAUUACUUCUUUAGAUUAUUUAGCCCCGUAUGCUCAGCACAAAAUGUGGAUAAAACCAGCAGCUGAACAACAGUAUUUAUAUGGACAUAAUGUUUUAAAAUCUGGUUUAGGGCGAAUAACUGAAAGUACAACUCAAUACCAAGGUGUUAUUGUUUUUUCCAUGAGUGAUGUUCCUUUAGGUUUUGGUGUUGCUGCCAAAAGUACUACAGAAUGUAAGCAUACAGAUCCUUUGUCAGUUGUAUGUUUUAAUCAAGCGGAUAUUGGAGAAUUUAUUCGAUGUGAAGAUGAUUUAAUUUAAAAAAUACUAAAUUAAUAUUUUUUUUAAUUAUUUUAAUUAUUGAAUGAUACUUCUAUUAAUAAUAAAUGUUUUGUAUAAAGAAAAUA